CCCCCCCACACACCCGAACGUUUGAAAUGAGCUCCCACGACAAGCGACACGGGGGUUACCGAGGAGGCGCGCAGGGGCACGGCAGACACGGCGACGGCUUCGGCGACGCCUCCGGGUUCAUGGACGAAACGGACCGGGAGGUGAGCAGCCUGACGGACCGGGCCUUCCGGAGCCUCUGCAUCGGGGAGGAGGCCGUCUACAACGACUCCUCCCCCGUCGAGCGCCACAAGGCCUUCGCCGACGAGGCGCGAAGCCACGAGGCCGUCAAAGGGAGCGCCGGGGUAACGCUCCCCCGCGGGGUCGGCGAGCCGUACGGCGGAGAAGCGGCGGGAACUUGGGGGGCCGCUCCGACGCUCCAGCGUUUCGUGACGGACGAGGCCGCGGCCAAGCAGGAGCACCACGCCCUGGCGGGCGACUGCGUGUCCCACCAUAGCAACGGCGUCAUAGAAGCCACCUGGCAGCAGAAACGGACCUCGUCUCUCAUCGGUGCGUUCGGCGCGGCGGAGUACGACGGGAACGGUGGCGUGGCGGCCGACGCCGCUGUUCUGUCACAGGAUUCCGUAUACCAGCACGGCGGCGACCCCUGGGGCGGCUCGGCCCUGCUGAGCAUCCAGAAGGAACUGUCCGAAUUCUCCUCCGUCUAUCACCAGAGCAUUAAGGGCAGUACUCUCACCCAAAACAGAAAUCACUUUCGUUCGUCCGAGGUAGCAGCUGCUCCCCAGAUACCGUCGAACGCAGAGUCCUCCGUUCCCUCCUCGACCUUCCUGAAGAGCAGCAGCAGAUGCAGUAGCAGCUUCAAGACGCCCAGCACCAGGAACUUCUUUCUCCACAGUGAAUUCAGCCCAUUCCAGACGUGGAAGGAGUACAACCGCCUCCUGUACGACAGGGAUGCCAUGCCCCACGUCCCGUCCACAAGUCAGUCCCCCAGGUGGUACGACUCCCCUUUCUACAGAGAGCUAACGGUGGCCCACAGAGCUCAGAUGGUCCAGCUGGAAGAGCAGGGGUCUCAUCGCAAACAGUACGAUAACGUUCUCCCGGCUGAGCCGCCGGCGUCUGCAGUCUGGCAGAAAGCGUCCGCCAUCGAAAAGCGGAGCGAGUCAGAGGUAAGCGUCAACUGCCCGCCGUGGAAGAGGAGGCAAGAGCCGGUGAAGAAUCAGAAUCGUCCCUGUACGGCAUCGCCCCUGAGCGACAAGCUGAGGCGAAAGGAAGACGUUCUGGUUUCCACGGGCAGGGCGUCGGCAACUAGCCUCAAGGUGCAGACGGUGGCAGACGAGCAGACGUCAAACAGCGGGACCCCGUUCAGCAUAUCCCAGCUCCUGACACCCACCAUCCACCCGAGACAGGAGACGGAAACUUCCGAAAUCCUGCAGUACGCGCUUUCUCCCAGCGUCCUCGACCCGCCGCUGUCACCCGAGUCCGAUCCCAGGCCGACCCCGGAGGUCAAACCACGCAACAAGUACAAAGCCAUGGCCUCCAGUUUGCUGUUCAACCUCAAAGACAACAGGAAAAGAGUGAAGAGCACGUACACCCCGACCAUGUUCAAGAGCACGGAAAUCGCAGAUCACAGCAAACAGCCCUCGCAGCUGGACUCUCUCACCGGUAAGGAGGGAGGCGUUGCCUCAGACACACCCCUGUCCUGGACAGGCGCACUUGUGAGAUCAAACGUAAUGGAUCUCCAGUCUGUCCACAGCCCCGUUGCCCAAAACACCAAAACGCACGCGGUCACCUACGUAAGACGCGCCGAAGGCAGCCGUUCGGACGACUAUCUGACGUUAAUCUCGCCCAAGACUGUCAGGGAAGCUUCCAGUUACCGGAGCUUCAGUCACACGCCGCAGGAGAGCGGGUCUUUCAGAGACAGGCUCGCCGAGGGCCAAGGUGGCCGGCAUGUGGACUCCAAGUCAAAUGAGACUCCUGGGAGAAAGAGACCGGACCCCUCUUCGUGGAAGGCCGGUGAGUUCGGGAGCCAACGAGAGCAGGAUACGAAAUACAAGGCUCCAGAAACACAAGGGCUACCUCAGCCGUUUCAUAAGAGAGACGUACCCACGUCGAGAGUAAACGAACAGGUGGGAAACGCAAGGACUGGAGAACAAUACGAUUAUAAACUGGAAGCAGACGCGAAUUUAGUUAAAAACAACACCAGCAACGAAAGAGGGGUCUUCCAGACAGAAAAGGUUUCCAUGAUUGGAGAUAUAGCUGCAUUGCUUGAGAGAGACAGACAGCUACUUGAAGCCCAAAGAGGGAACACUGACAGACAGAAUGCACUGGUCUCAGGAGAGAAGCACAGCUAUAAAAAUGAGUUCUUUGCUAAUACAGAAAAAGGGAACGCUAAACAAGAUUUGACAGCAAUUAAAGAAAAACAACACACUCAAAAUGAACUUUUUAGAAAAAAUGAGGAAAUUCCUCCAAGGAACCAGGUUGAAGUAUUAAGACAAAACCCGUAUGGCCCAAAUGAGGGGCUUAACAGAAGGCAGGAUUACAGACAUAUCAAUCAAGGGUUGUAUGACGCUCAAGAAAAUUACCGUGAUAAUCUGGCUGCUAGUAAGGGUCUGCAUCCCACAAGGGAGAUUCAAUAUACUCCAAAUGAAGCAUUUGGCAGAAAGGAACAGGCAAAGCAGGCAGUGCCAGUAACCAGAGAGAAUAAACCUGUGAGAAAUGAAUUUGUCGUAAAAGAACAGGAUGGCAUUUACCAAGGACAAGCAAGACAGCGUAUACCUUCAAGGACGGAUGACAGAAAUGGUGCAAAUUACACGUUUGUUAUCAACCAGCAUGAAAAAGGUCCUGCUCAGGACCUAAGCCAACGUUUACCAAAAUAUCAAAAACAUCCGAGCGUUGAGGCGUUUGCUGUCACGGACCUCAGUCCCUCUAAACAGGCGCAGGCGGCGAGCGAGAAAAAUGCCACAUCGGCCGACGAAACGGCCAACCGGGUCAAACAGGUCCUGCCUCCAGCCAGAGGCGUUAGAUAUGCACCCAUCGAGGAAUUUGCCAGAAAGGACCGCGAGCUGGAGAAGCAGAGACACACGGCUGGGACGGGCGAGGCCAAACACGAGCCGGUUAAAGUGCAGACGCUGAUUAAGCAGUACGAAGGCUCGCUGGGAGAGAGCAGGAACGGGGCCAAAGGCCUGUUCGUGACCGGAGAACUCAAAGAAAUUAAAGGGGGAGGAAUGCAAGAGCGAUACGCGAACGACGUGCUCUCCGUUACCGUACCUGAACGAGGGAAAGUGCUGCGAGUGCCGCUGGACGGCGCCGCUCCGAGCGACGCCGUGGAACACCACCGAAGGUUCAACGCUGACCCGUCUGCUGCUUCUGAAUGGGAAAGGUCUGCUAAGGAUCUGCGGCUAUCAAGACAGAGUAGACCCGUUCGCAAUGAGGCGCUUUCGCCGAAGGGGCACGAGGCGGUGCCGGCGAGAGAAAAAGCCCAAACCAGACAGGAAAUACUGACGUCAAAACUGAAAGCUCACGCCGAAAAGGAAAUAUUCGCGAUCAAAGAAAAAGGGCACGCCCAGUGGGAAGCUCACGUCACGAAACAGAAAGAAGUUUACAUGCACGGGAGCAAAGAGGGAGAGCCUCUGUCUGCAGAACGUGUUACAAAGAACGCGGUCCCGGUCGAUGGAAACCGUCUGGCUAAACAGGACUCCGUCGCUGUAAGAGAGACACACUGUAGAAACGGAGCGUCUGUCACCCAAAGAGACUCUCCAUCAGCAGAUCACAUCAAGAGUGUAAUCACUGGGGACGGAGAAAAACCUAACCUAGCCAAACCAGCUGCCACAACACGGGAGAAGGAACACUCCAGAAAUUACAUCAUUGCCAAAACGGAGAAAAUCAGCAUCCGACAGGAAGAGCUUCAGUCUAUAGCACGGGCCAAGAUCGAAGCCAUUGCGGGCAACAGAAUUCACCAGCCAAAACGAGCAGCCGAGGAGACCCACAAUGCCCAUCAAACGUCCCCGUCGAGCCGCAGCAGAGACGCCGAAAACAUUACGACUGCAGCCGGCGUGAACGUGAGCCAAGCUGAAGAGGAAGAUGCUGAUAAAAAAGAGGGUGUGCAUGCGGUCGAAGAAAGAGACAAGGUUAAAAUGGAGGGCCUUCCAGAAUCACGAGAAGACACUAGGACUCUGGGCACUGCAGUUGAGGGAACUCACGAGGCUAAAGCUCUAAAUGUUCUUCUGAACAAAGAGAUGGACAGUGUGAGCCAGGCAGCUUUCAUGUCAGCGGAACACACUGCGAAUGAACCGGAAAAGCAGCAGCUUGCAGAAGAGAUAUUUUCGAGGAGGGAGAGAGAAGGUGAUACCAGUGAUGCACCUGUAAACAAAGAAGCAGUGAGUUCCCAACAUCCAAUGGCAGAAUACAUAGAAAAUAAAGCUGCUGCAAAUCAUGAAAAACAUAGAGACGGCGCUUCGCCUGUAACAAUUGAAAAGGAACAUGCUCGUAAUUAUCUGUUUGUAAGCGAAGAAAGUGUUGCUGUUCGACCUGAAGUACCACCAUCGUUAGAACACAUUAGAGGUAAAAAUACUAUUGCAAACAAUGAAACCCGUCUGGUCAGAGAGGUCACUAGUGCAGUGGAAGAAGACCAAGAUAAAAAUGAAACUGCUGCACUGCAUGAAACCAACCAGGUUAGACUAGACUCUCUUGCUAGCACAAAGAGCGAAACAGCUGAAAAUGUUGCCCUUGGAAUCAAAAUAAGAUUGCCAGAGGAGGAAGUUCCACCAGAAACGAACGCUAAAAUGGAAGCCAUUGCUGCAAACCAGAGACAAGACUCUACAUGUGAAGUUGCAAAGGAGGACAGGGGCAGUGUUAUGCAUGAACUACCUCGAUCAUUGGAAACAGAAAAUAGGGUCAGUGAAACACUCACCAUCAGUGAAAAUCCCCCGGCUAAACCAGUAGCCGCUGCAACACGAGAGACAGAAGAUGAUAAAAACGAUGCACUUGCAGAGGAAGAGAGAAUCAGUCUUAAGCAGGACGCACCUCUGUUAGUACAACCUGGAAAUAAAACUUUCGCAGUUCAGGAAAGCGAUGUGUCUAAACGGGUAGAGAAGGAACGUGCUGAAAAUGUUGUGCAAAGCAACGAAAGAGACUUCUUGAGACAGGAAGGACCAUCAGUAGAACAUAUCAGAAUUAAGAUUAUAUCACAUGAUGAAAUCCCCCAGGUCAGUGAGAGCAUAUUUGCAAUAGAUUCUUAUUCUAAACAUCAAACUGGUAGUUUAGGGGAUAGUCAGCAGGUUAAACUUGAUUCUCUCGCAAGUAGAGAGAGAGAACAGGCUGAACAUGAUCGUCCUCGUAACACAGAGGGCCUUGGUGUCAAACAGGAAGAACUUCCACCAGUGGCACGUGUUGAAUCUGAAGUCCUUGCCAUCAGUGAAAGCCUCCAAGAUCAACCAGAACCUGAAAACAGGCACAGGGAGCAUGCUGAAAUUGAAAUUUCUCAGUCGGUAGAAAAACCAGAUAUGAAAGAGGAGAAAAAUGUGGUCAAUGAUAAUCGCCUGGUGAAACCAGAAACUGUUGCAACAAAAGAGGCCGAAUGUGACAGAAAUGAUGAACUUGCAAAGAAAGAGAAAACCAGUGUUGGAGAGGAUGCGCCUCCAUCUGUAGAACACAUUAGGAUCAAAAUUAUUCCACAUGAUGCAAACCAGCCUGUUAGCGAGAAAAUAGUUUCAGUGGAAAGCAAAAGUGUUUCAUUGCACGAAAACCACCAGUUUAAACUCGACUCUCUGCAAAGUGGAAAGAGCGAAAGUCCUGAAAACAAUGCCGCUGGAAUCCCAGAGAGAAUCAGAUUCGAGUCGGAGGAGCUUUCGCCCAAAACAAGCGCCGAGGUAAAGGCCAUUGCUGCGACCCAGAGGCAUGAGCCUGUAAAUAAGGACAGGGACACCCUGGUGCAGGAACUCCUUCAAUCGGUGGAAAAGGUAAAUGCAGCAACUGCAUUCAAUGAAAAUGGCCGGACUGAACCAGAAGCUGUUGCUCCAAGAGAGACGGAAGGUAAAAGAUGCGAUGAGGAGAGAAUCGAUGCUAGAGAGGAAGUACUUCCACCGGCGGUAUGCGUUACACAUGAAGCUGCUGCUGAGGAGGAAACGCGUGGCGAUGAGCAGGGCAUAGCUGGAAGAGGACAGAAGGACCAGGCCAAGAGCUGUGCACCUGUAAGCAAAGAAAAAGUCAGCUUCGAGCAAGAUGAACCAUCGGUAAAACACAACAGAAUUCAAAUUGUUCCGGUGGAUGAAACCCUCCAGGUGAGAGACAGCGCAGUGGCAAUAGGAGAGGAACAUUCAAUACAUGAAACCACAGAAAGGCUCCAGGCUGAGCUGGACUCUCGUGUUGGCACAACGAAUGGUAGCGCUGAAAAGAAUGCACUUGGAAGCAGAGAGAGAGUAGGCGGUGGUCAGGAAGAGUACCCAUCGCUAACGAUAAAUGAAAGCAAUGCAGUCAAAGAAAAUCAUCGCCCUGAAAAUGAGCCCGAAAGAAUGGGUAGAAAAGACGUGGUGAACCAAGCGCCUACGUCAAGGGAAGAGGGAUCGAUUAAAAACGAAACGGCUGCAGACGAUGAAACGCGCCUGCCUGAACCGGAGGUUCCUGCAACUAGGGAGACAAAAGGUGCAAAAGCAGAAUCACUCGCAAAGAAAGAGACGGUCGACCUUGGAUGGGACGUGCCGCUUUCUUUAGAAAGUCCCGAAGAGGAAGCUAUUCAGAUUAAUGAAAAUCACCCCGUUAUACUGGAGGUGCGUGAUGCUGGAGGGAAAGAGCAUGCUAAAAGUGAUGUCAGCGAGGAAACAAAUAAACGUGACACAACUGUAGAUAAAGAGAAGAAAAUGAGUGAUGGACAGGAUGAAUUUUCGUCAGUAGCGCACGUUAAAGCCGGAGUCAAAGCAAAUCACCAACCUAAACAUGAACUCGCAAGUAAGGUCACUGACAGUGUAAGAGAGGAACUACCUCAACCAACAGAGGAUGAAAAGGAAAUUACUGCAACACUUCAGAAAGGAGGUGUUGUAGUCAAUGAAAAACACAAAGGUAAACAGGAAGUACUUCCAACAAGAAAGAUCGAGUUUGCUGAAGAUGUACUAACAAACAACAAAACAGACAGUGUUAAAAGAGAGGAGAAAGUGCACAUUCAAAAGGAAACGAGUAGUUUCAACAAAAAUGAUCAAGUUUCACCAGGUGCCCCUGCUGGGAGGAGAGAACAUUCUGGAAGCUUUGAACAUGCAAAUAAAGAGGAAGUAAAUGCAGGAGAGGAAGAACGUUCAUCAACACAACUCAUUAAGACCACAGCCAUUGGAGAACUUCACCAGGCUAAACAAGACCUUGAAAAGACAGACCGAGUGAAUGUCACUCAGGAAAGGGCUCCAGCAGGGGAGAGAGAAUACCUGGGAAACAAAACCAUCGCAGUCACUGAAAAUCACUUGGCAACACGGGAAGUAAAUAUGACGGGAGAGGGAGAUGCCAAAAAUGCGGCAGUUAUGAACAAAGGAAGAGAUGGGGUCAAAGUCCACGUGCUUCCAGUAAAAGAAAAUGAACGGCCUCGCAGUGUAAGGAGUGUAACUGACAAAAUCCACCAGGCUGUGCUUGCAAACAGGAAUGGCAACAGUGACUCUCCUCCGAAAACAAAGAGUGAUAUGGACGAAUCCAUCGCGGGCGUUGAAAAUCACAAACAUAAAAAGGAAGUUCUGUCAACAAGGGAGAGGGCACAUGCUCAGAAUCAACCUAUUCUGUUUGAUGAGAAUCUCAAACUUAAACUCGAAGCUCUUGCCAGACGGCGAAAAGAAAAGGUUGAAAGAUACACCCGUGCAAACAGUGAUGGAAUGAACACCAGACAAGGGGAACACGCGUCAACGCCACACGCUAAAACCGGGACUCGUAUAGUGGACAAAAAUUACCUGGCUAAGCAUGGGCUUGUAAUUGAUGAUACAGGGCGCAUUACAUAUGGAAUCCCUUCAAGGGAAAAAGAAAACAUAAGGAAUGUGACCACUGCAGCCAGUGGAAGUCCUCUUGCUAAAAUGGAAGCAUCGGCUGUCAGCAAUAAAGAACACGGCGAGAAGGACACGCUUAUUACUGGUGAAGCUGCUGGUGUUAGACGCAGGGAACCUGUGCCGAGAGAUGGUGAACACGGUCAAAAUGAGAUGCUUGAUAUUGGGGAUCACCGGGUGAAACACACGCUCGAGAACAAACAGAUAGGCAGGAGUAAUCGUGCUCCACUACGCUCAGAAAGUAUGAGAAAUGAAUCCGCUUCAGCCAGCGACAAUGAUCAGGCUAAAAUGGAAGCGCUUGCAAUGAGCCAAAAACAAGAUACUAGAAAUUUUGGAGUAACAAAUAAAGUUGGGGACAGGGCUGUUACUUCUAAAAAUGAAACUGUUAUAGGCAGUGUAAAUCACAAGGGUAAUCAGGGCUUACUGGGAACACAAGUUGAAAAGGAUUCUGAUAGGCAUGGCCGCACAAAUACAGAAAGAAUUGAAGACAGGCAUGAUGUUGUUUCUCAGAGGGAGAAAGAAAAUUAUGAAAAGCAAGUAACAGAAAAAGAAAAGCAAAGACUAAGAAUGGAAAUGAGGUCAAAAGAGGGAGAAUACCCUAAAUCUGAGGUUUUUCCAGGCAAGAGGAGCAAUAUUAGACAGGGUGAACUUUCAGCCAGUGAAAAAGGGCCUACAAUACUGGAUUACCUCUUGGAAAAGGACAAAGAUCGCAGUACACUAAACAAAUAUGAGAUCAAAGAAAUUGACACUAUUAAACAAGAGGUACAUGCCACAAAAGGUCCCACUAAAAAGGAAGUACUUGCACUAAAGAAGGAGGAACUCAUUAAGAAUGAAGGUUUUGCACGUAGAGGAAAUGCUAUAGUAAGUAACAUGGCAACAAAGGAUAGAGAGGUUGCAGAAAACAAAGAGAGUGGAGGCAAAGAAAUUGACAGUGUUCCACCUGAAGUCCUUGUGAGGAAGUAUGAAGUCCCCGCUGAAAAUACUUUCACAGUCAGAGAUGCACACCAAACAAAACAGGUCACUAAUGAAGCAGUGGUACCCCAAAAAGAGGAUUUGUUUUCAAGACAAUACCAGAGUCUUUCUGAAAAUUUGAAAGAACACUCUGCACAUAAAGUGCUUGUAACCGAAGACCAUCCUAAACUGGAAGCCACUGCGACGACGAGUAGUUCUAAACAGGAAAUGGUUCUAACAAAAGAAAGGGAACCCAUAAGAAAGGAACUUUUUGCAGUCAAAGGAAAAGGAGAAACUGCAGUGGAUAGACUUUCAACAAAAGACACAGAUCAUACCAAAACCAAAGAACGUGCAGACAGAGGAAAAAACAGCAACAGACAAGAGGUACUUAUGGAACAAUACCAAAAUCUUUCAGAAAAUAUUUGUAUAAUCCAAGACAAAGAUCUUUCUAAAUCAGCACCAGACUCGAUGAAAGAAAAAGAGCACAGUAAACAGGUAAUAAUUUCUUCGAGAGAAGAUGCUAGACGACAGCCUCUUGCAAAAACAGGAAAUGCACAUGCUAAACCUGAGAUAUUUUCAGCCCAUGAAAACGUUCAUACGCAUCCAGAGGUUUAUGCAAUUACCGACAAGGCUAGAUAUCACAGUGGAAAAGAGGCACUAGUGUCUCCACAAAUACAAGGAUACUAUAGUAAACAUCCAAUGCCUGUCUCUGAUGAAAGAGGCAACUCGCAUACAAGAAAUGUUGUUCCCAGAGCAAAUAGCAAAACGGAAAUGGAAGCUCUUUCAAAUACUCAAAACGAAAUAAAGGAAACACUCCCACUUAGGGAAGAGGAGAGGGAGGUGAUCGCAAUGAGAGAACACAGAGCUAAAGAGAGGGCAGUUGCACGUCAAAAGCAGCAGCACUAUGAAAAGGAAGCACUUCCAAGACAGGAAUAUGCCACAUACAAAACACUCCCAAUCAAAGAAAAGACUGACAUGAGACAUGAAUUACCACCUCAGUUUGAAAAAGAGGACACCAAAAAGGAAGCACUUGCAAAUAAUCUGAAAGACAGAACAGAAAUAGCUGCUAGAAAUCAGCCAAACCGGAAUAUUGAAGGUCAAAUCAUCCAUGAACCCCACAAUCGGUAUACAGCUCCUCCCUCCCUCCCUUUGCAGGCCAAUGGUUGGAGAGGUGCUCCCAUUUCUUCUCAGCCAAUGGGUCAUAUUAAUGUGCCCUCAAGGGAGUCAUAUUUAACUGUAGGGGAUGCUUCACAAAGCCCAGAAGAAGAAUAUAAGACACAUCCCUCUUUGAGGAGCGCGCAAAGUGAAAUGGCUAAGGGCCCAGGGGAAAUGAAGGUGGUGGAAGUUAAGAGGAACAUGGGGAGACCUGGGGAAGCAUUACAGUACUAUGCCAUCAACAACCACGAGAGAAACCUGGAAACCGACAGACCAGCAACUUCAUCUCACGGUCAUGAGAGGACACCAAGGAUAGAGCCAGGUGGUUUAGUUCAUGCGGAGUUGUAUGAAGGUGGCUUGGCCCCAAGCUUAAUGGACUACACCAAGGCUCAGAUCCCAACAACGCGCUCCAACACUUCUUCACCUUCUUUGGGGAAGCCCUUAUUUAAGGUCAAGGACAACUCCCUCAGGGGAUCCCCAAUGACAAAGACAGUGAAACCGUCUUUCCAUAAGACAUUUGCAGAUGAUCAGAGGCUGGGCUCCUCCCAAGAGAACUUAAGUGUCCUGGACCAGGGCGAUGAGGAACGCGAUCACCUCAGAGAGCACGUGGAUGUUCCCGCUCUCCAUAAUACCGCAGCUGCAUCAUCACGAAUUUCCCGCUCAAGGGAACUACCAAGUCAACAUUCUCUCCCUGCUCCUGACUUCACAACUGCGAGGGCCAUACAGGCACACAACAUUCUUUCUACUCCAGAGUUCACAACGCCAAGGGAGCAACCUGCUCACAGUGUAGUCCCCACCACAGGGUUUAUAAGCGCAAGGGAGCCGAGGGGCUAUUACAGGAGAAACCGACGCCUAGAUGAGGACGGACGCAACUCGGUCAUCAGCACCAUGUCCGAGGAUUUGGAGAGCUGCGGCACCAGUACGUACUUGGAGAACCCCUGCGAAAGGCCCGAAUCGGCCUGCAGUGACCUGAGGCCUCUGGGAAAACCGCCAACGGUUCCCCCGAAAAGCGAGAAGGCCCUCCGUCGCGCCAAGAGGCUGACCACCAGGAGAAUCAAGAGGGCCGAGGUGACGGGCAACGUCGAGGGCCCGGGCCCGGGCCCGGGCCCGAGCCUGGGCUCGGUCGAACACAAGCCCCUUCGCGCAGUCGCCAGCAUGCCGUCCUCCCCCACGGAGGUGCUGGUGUCCCGCCGGCCCGCCCCCGCCCAGCCGGCCCUGCCCCAGUACUGCGUGGAGCCUGGGUACGGCCCGCGAGCCCCCAGCCUCGUGGCACAGCCCUUCCCCCUCACCCAGCGGAAGCUCCUGCAGGACCCAAACUCGGGACAGUUCUUCGUGGUCGACAUGCCCGUGCAGGUGAAGACCAAGAUGUUCUUCGACCCCGAGACGGGCAAGUACGUGCAGCUGUCCGUGCGGCAGUCGCCGGACGGGGCCCGGUCGAACGCGUCGUCCGUGGAGCUCCUGAGCCCCCCGCCGUACGUGCUGUACCCGGGGUUCCUGCCCGUGCCCGUCUCCUCCCUCCCGCCGCUCCGCUCGGCCUCACAGAUGUCUGCUCCCGCGGCGCUCAUGGAGGAUCAGGAAAAGCGCAGCGACCCCUGGAGGCAGGAGGCCGCGCGGCAGAAUUGCGGCAGGAAGCCAGAGCCGUACAUCGAGCCUGCCUACAGGUCGCGUGAUCAGCCGGUGGAAAAACCCACCCAUGGCGAUGAGAGAGGCUGCACCAGCCAACGAAACUUAAAUAUUAUACCGAUGGGUGAAUUGGAGGAUUUUGCUAUGGAAAGCGCCUGAUUUUAUUGGUGGCGGCUGACACGUGCCUUGUGUUUUUAUCAACAAAGUGACUGAAAUUCAUACAUGCACAAUAUAUAUGUAUAUACAUAAAACAGUGGCAAUAUGGCUGUAUAUCAGACUUGUUUAUAACAAAAAUAGACUUUUGUUACAAACGUUUGUUUUCCUUUUUCAUAACGUGUUUAGAACGGGAAGCUAUUUUUUAGUAUAUAUGUAAAGUUUGGUAAAUUGCAAAGUUUUCAAUUUUGAUGAACCUUUUUUUUAAAAGACAUAGUUUUUUUGUUUUUGCAAUGAACAAUAAGACUAAGCAGGACUAUUGAAAGGUGUGUACCAUUCCAUUAACCAUGUCCUCGAUAAGCGAUACUGUGGGGGAGCUUUUUUGUCACAAUUACUACAAUCCUAUUGUCCACCCCAAAAAAAAUGUUUGUUACAUUUUAACAGUUUUAACAGUCGCAUUUGAAGAAUGACUUGAAACCUUUUUUCUUCAUCCUGUUAUGCAUCAUGAUUGGUUAAUACGUGCAGAGUGCAUCUUACAGUUUUACAUAAGCCGGAUUACAUGUAGAAUGGCCAUUGACACAAACAUUACUUUGUAGAUUUUGAGUUUGAUUUUAUUUUCUGAGCGAUCUUAACUUUUUGAUGGAGUAAAUUAAUAGUUCCACAGUUGUGUUAGUUGGAAUCGGAGUGGGGCAGUUUCAGUCUUGCGGUGACCUGUACAGCUGUGGGGUCUUUCCUGAAAAAUACUUAAAAAUACCUUAACCACCUUUCCCCAAAUAAUUCUGCACUUCUUUGCCGAUAAUUUAAUAUCCUUGGCAGGAAAAAAAAAGUGUAUUUUAAUUUUUUUGACAUAAUGUGAGUGUCUUGGAUGACAAAAACAUUGCAGUGAAAAUAUUUUCAAAAAUAUUAUUUAUUGUAUUUUUAUUGAAUGUCCCUUGUGGUGCAGGUUUCAGCGUAGUAGAAAUAUGGUUCUUGAGGUUAAGACAGAGACUCAUGUCCCUUACAAGGGACAAAAAUGAAUUGCCACGUCUUAGGAGGUUAUGUGCCUUUUGGAAGUACCUCAUACAAUAAUAUUAAAAUCACCUUAAAAAGUGAUGCAUUUCCCUUUCUUUUGAAUUGCAUUUAGCAGCUGCUGGGUGGAGAAAUUCGGGCAUAACUGGGGUUCCUCUCAGGUCCUCUCCUACUAAACACCAUAAAAAUACAUUUUCUGUGACCUACAGCCUUUAAUGUACUUGGUAUAUUCACCAAGGUACGUG